CGCGCCUUUUGUUCGUUCGGGCAACUGCGAAUCACUGACGGCCUCAAGAUUGCACGAGCGUAUCCAAGGCGUGGCAGCUCUCGUCGAACAGUCUGCCGACGUGCUAGAGUGUCGAGCGAGGCAGCAAGGCGCACGCAGCUUGACUGACAGACUGCAUCGGGGCGUGUACCGCACCAGCAUUCAAAGGCACGUUUGAGCCUUGAACGCUCGUCCAUUGGCCGGGUAGUGCUGUCCAGCCUCGGGACCUACUACACAGAUUGUGCUCGGGCAAUCCGCAUUCGGUUGUUGCCGCAGAACUAAGUAGCAGAGCACGUACGCAUUGACGUCAGUGUGCUUCACGUAGCCCGCACGAGCUCGCUCGCGGCGAACAACAGACUUCCACAUCAUGCCUUCCUCGAGGACGGCGUCUAUCAAGUCCGGCCACUCAUCACAUGCAGCCGCAUCGAGCUCCUCACAAGCCACUUCAAUGAGCGAUGCGCCCGCCAGCCUCAAAGAAUCGCCUGAAUCGGAGCCUCUGCCAGACGAUGUGGUCAACCAGUCAGAGUCCUCCAAGCUCAAGCAGCUCUUUGGCAUCCUCAAGAAGUCCCUAGGCGUCAAGGACUUGGCCGCCAUGCGAUUCUCUCUCCCUGCCAAUCUCAUUGAGCCCAUGCCCAAUCUGAGCUACUGGACUUAUCUCGACCGGCCUGACAUCUAUCUCGCCAUGGGUCAAGAAGGUCAGGAUGCUGUCGAACGCAUGCUUGCUGUCGUCCGCUUCACAUUCUGUAUGCAGACCAAGUUUGUACACGGCCGCGUCGUCAAACCCUACAACUCUGUCCUCGGCGAGCAUUUCCGCUCCCACUGGGACGUCUCACCCGCCACCGUCAAAGCAGGCGAGCUGGAGGUUCACGAGUUUCAGUAUCACGAGCCCUUUGGCGGUGCUUCAGGUGAUGGCACCGCCUCCGAAGACGAAGAGGCUACAGGCUCCGAUGAUGAGCAAUUCGAGGAAGCUACCGAAUCCCCUUUGGUCGAUCGAAUGGACGCAAUGAAGAUCUCGAAACAAUCGCACCAGGAAGCGGACACAAAGAGCCUGAGAAGCGUCAAGACGCCCGCCGGCAAGAUCAAGCACCGCCCCAGCUUUGACAAUUCUUACUUUGAAUAUAUCCCCGUCAAUCCACCCAAGGCUUCAGCUUCGAGCCAGUUCCAAGAGCGCGACGGCGCACAGGAGAGUCGCUCGAACAAGCCCAAUCUGCAUCGCAUCGCUUUCCUCAACGAACAGUGUUCGCAUCAUCCGCCAAUUUCGACCUUUUGGUGCGAAUCCCAGCCGAAAGGCGCGACAGAUGGCGUCGGCAAGGUGCUCUCAUACGGCAACGAUCACCUCAGUGCAAAAUUCACGGGCACGAGCGUCAAAGUGUAUGCGGGCAACGUCAACAAGGGCGUCUUUGUCAAAUUGCCCGGCUAUGGCGAGGAGUAUCAGAUAACGCAUCCAACCGCACUCAUCACCGGCUUUCUUCGAGGCGCCCCGGCCAUCCUUCUGGCCGAUCAGACUUACAUCACUUGCACGAACGAGAGCAAGUCUGGCAAGCAGCUCAGAACCCUGCUAGCCUACGUGGACGAGUCAUGGCUCGGCAAGGCAAAGUAUGCUGUAGAAGGUGUCAUCUAUGAAUGCGAAGAAGGGAGGGAACAGUACGAUAAAAUCAAGAGGGUGCCAGAUAAGGAUGUCCUCGCUCGGAUCGAGGGCAGCUGGCGUGGCGCACUCAGAUACAAGCUCACCUCGUCGGGAGAUGACUGGAAAAUGCUAAUAGACGUAUCGAAGCUGCCGCCGCUGCCCAAGACGGUAAGAAGUAUGAACCAGCAAGAGCCGGACGAGAGCCACCGCUUUUGGAAUGAAGUCACCAUCGCGCUGAAAGCGAAGGAUUUUACCAAAGGCAACAGCAUCAAGCAGAGGAUCGAGCAAGCCCAGCGGGACAAGGCCGCCGAACUAGAGAAGCAAGGCAAAGAACACGAGCCGGUCUUCUUCGAGAAGGACAUCUCUUCGGGGAAGCCUGUGCUGUCUUCAGCCGGUAGAGCAGCCAUCUCGAUCGAGCUCAGAGAGCCCGUGUAACGUGUCAGGAUACUAUCGCAGAAUCAAGUGUACGUUAGCCGAGAGACUUAAUGCACCAACAUGUCGCGCGCAUGAGUCCGAAUUUCCACCGA